AUGAAUCUUAGAGGGGGAGCGCACCUUCCAUGCUUGGGAGUUGAGCACCUGACUUCCCCGUCUCACUCCAACGGCCAUCCACCUUUACCUUCAGCUGACCGUGCAGAAAUGGCACCUGCUAAAUCAAUCAAGUCAGACCCUCUCGGCGUCGUGGAUACUCGACUGACGAUGACGGACUCACCUACGGAUCACAUCUUUGCACCUCUCUUUACGCCGUUGACCAGGCUUGAUGGAAUUGACCAAAGACAGCCAGUCAACCAGACAGAAGCAGAAGCAAACCCAAACAAAGCUCACCGAGUCCCCGAACUUCGCGAGUCCUUCCAUAGUUUCGAUUCUAGCCGAAAGUGUCCUCGACUUGAGUUGGAUGUCGCUGUGGACAAGUACCACACCCUUGAUGGUCUCGCUGAGCCAUUGAAUCCCCAAAACACACCCGCAUCAAAUAGCGAACGAGAGAGCGUGGAGGAAUACACUGAGUUCCUUGGUUGCCAUAAAAUGGAGAACGUACCGACGAGUCCUACAUUUCAGAUGGAGGAAUUCAAUUUCGAUUGCUUCCAAGAUUCGCCAGAGGCAAGCUUUGUUCGUGAAGACGAUGGAAGCGAAUUCCCCAAACCCUCAAAAUCGCGACACCUUUCCGUUGGCCGCCGACAGUGGAUCAAACCUCCUAUUGCAGUCCUGUCGAGUCAUCAGCCAGGCGUAAAUGCCAGUACCUUCAACAAAUAUGGCGAUCCAGAUUCACCGCUGCGAUGCGUUCGGUUUUCUCCUCCGGCCUCUCUGUCUCCGCCUUCCCCUGCGACACGCCGUCCCCAACCUUCGAUUGAAAGAAGGCAGGAUUAUGUUGCUUUGCAUCGACAGAAGAAACAACACCAGAAAUGGAAGGUCACUGGUCGCUCUUUGGCACCCCGAAUCCCAAAGAAUCAUGAUUUGCUUGAUUCGUCCCUCUCCAGCUUGCCAUAUCGUGAAACACGCCCACCAUCGUUCCUCGCUCGUGUUGGCUUGAGUAAUGGUGCUCGAGAAGUGAGAGCCGGCAAAGUGGGCGACACUCCUGUUGCCGAUAAUUCGAGAAUUCCGAGUAACACCGAGCAGAAACUCCCUGCAUUUUUUGCUGUUUCAUUUUCGCUGUACAAAACACGACCUGCGUCUAGUUCAUCCACCGAGAAAGCACCAAAGUACGCUUUCAGUUUUCGAGUGACUCGGACUGACGUCCCUCAACAACCUUCUCCGCAUUUUCCUCUCGAAUUCGGACGUAAGACUUGUCACCCGACCAUUGAUGACUUGCUAUUCCACGUCUGCUUCAUCGUUCCUGCGAUAGUCGUACUGCUUCCUCUCAGCGUGAUCUUCUCUACAACGCACCCAUUUGCCAACACCUGGGCCGGCGCUGUAAUGCUAUACCUUACCAGGGCCUUACUGUAUCUACUGAUGAGCAUCGUCGCUUUUGUGCUGUCCAAAUGCGGAGUGUCUUGCUGUUGUCAGUGGAAUCCGGACACCGGCCAUUCGGACUGA